AUGAAAACCUACCGGUUCUCUGUUGACAGGCAGACGGUUGUGGAGCGAUAAGUAGCCUGGUGCGCAUGCGCACUGCUGAAGUGACGCGCUCGGUCCCAGAAUGCUGCCUGGUAAACAGACAUGGAAGCACCUGGUGAAGACCUCCACAGUCCCUGAGCACUGCACCCCCUUUCCGUGUUCCUCCUUCUGCCUCAUUCACAAUCUCCUCUAACGGCUCAUACAUCUGCUAGCUCUCGGAGCCUGGCUCGGAUCUCUAAGGUCCGGGACGAAGUUUGUAUGCCGUUAUAGAGGCACGCCUAAAUCGUCUCCCUGGCUCAGGAAUCAAUAGAACAUGUACACAAAUCGGGGCUCUGGUAAUUACCCUGACUCACUACACAUUGGGACACUGCAACUCCGGUCCUGGCAACAUGACUCCGCUUUCCUGCAUGAUGCGGUGAAGCAUGUCGGAAAGGGCCGAGGAGGGCGAGCCGCGGGCGGAGCAGCGCGCCAGAGCGCCGCCCAGAUACCAGCAGCAGCGGACUGAAGGCGCGUCAGCAAUGGCGGCCAUCGGCGAGCGCGCGGCGUCUCUCCCGAGUCCGGAAGUCGUGCUGGGCCAAGCGUGGAACUGCUGGCUGGACGCCGUGAAGCUGCACGCGACCGACGGCAUAGAAACAGAAGAAAGUUUUAAAGAGGGCGGAAGGAACAGAGAAGCCAUGCGACUGUGCAGAGACGAUAUGCCCAUUUUCGGGCAAUGUCCUGCGCAGGACGACUUUUACCUGGUCAUGUGCAGUCACUGCAGUCAAGUCGUCAAACCCCAGGCCUUCCAAGCACACUACGAGAGAAGACACAGCUCCAUUAACAAGCCAGCGUCCUCCUACCCGUCCUCGGCUGCGCUCCCGGGUCUCCCGUCCCGGGCCAGAACCGGUGGAUCGGGUGGAGGCGGCCCUGCCGGCGCCAUGCCCGUGGGUUCCUCCUCCUCCUCCUCCGCUGGAGGGAGCAACAACACCCACACAGCCAAAGAGAAGCUGCCUCACCGGAAGCCUCACUUCCCCCCAAAGGUGCUGCACGACGACAUUUUGACCCCAGCUGUCAAAGUGGAGAAGAUCCAGGUGAAGACGGACUACAUCUCCUCCAAGCCUGGCCACGUGCCCGGUUCUUCCUCGUCGUCUUCUUCCUGCAGUACUGUGAGCUCCUCACCCUCCAAGCCAGGCCUUAAUAGCCAGUCUGUACCAAAGGCUCAUCAGCUGUCCCCGGGCCACAUCCCUAAUGGAAAGGGCCACCUGUCUCCGCUGUGCAAGAAGCAGGACAGCAGUACCAACGUCAGUAGCAAAAGACCCACCAGGAAAGUGUUAGAACGCGAGUUCAAUCCCGACGUCCAUUGUGGAGUCAUGGAUGUCGGAGCACGUAAACAAUGCACAAGAUCCUUAACAUGCAAGACACAUUCCUUAAGCCAGAGAAGGGCUGUGUCCGGGAGGCGGAAACGUUUUGACGUGUUGCUGGCAGAGCACAAGAAUCGAGCUCGGGAUAAGGAGCUUAUUCAACAACAGCAUAAAACGGAGCCAUCACAGCAAACCCCACCCCCUCUCAGGGAGCCCCACCCACCCCCUCACCACGGCAACCCUACGGUAGCCACCACCGAUGCAGCCAAGCUCUUCCCCCUCAAAGCCAAACCCCACAAUCCUGUGCUUCCGCGCAGCAGCAGCAGCUCUCACAGUGUGCCGAGCAGUUUAGGGGAUGCCGCCGCGACCCCUGACCCGACCCUGAUUCCCCACUGGACUCCCACGCCAGACGGCGCGGCUUGUCCCUCCAGUGACGAGGGCGAGAACGAGGACAGAGAAGAAAGCGCAGACAAACUGGACUGUCACUAUUCAGGUUACCAUCCACGGGCAGCUGCUUUCUGCACUUUUGGAAGCAGACUGUUCGGGAGAAGCUGUUACUCCUUCGACCGGCGCUGGGAUCGAGUCCGAUAUGCGCUGGUGGCCAUGAUGGACAAACACGUCAACUCGCUAAUGUGGAAAAAAAUCCCACUUGCUUUGGAGAAUUCCUCUUCGUCGACAGUUACAUCGUCUCACCGGUCUAGCACAAACUCGCUGUCCUCUUCCUCAGGCUUUCUGAGCCCCUCCCCGCCGCCGCCUUAUAGCCAGUCCCAUGAGAGCAAGCCCACCCUGCCGUACGGGACCACCCUAAACGCCCGAGUCACGUCGCAGAGGGCCGGAGAGCAGCUCACUUACAGUGGGGGUGGCUCGUCCAGACAAGCGUCCUCGUCCUCACCCCAGAUGCCUUCAGCACACUCGUCGUCGCUGCCCUCCACUCCUGGCUCGAACAAAUUUGUCAAAUCUCGCUCUGGACCCAAGAACUACUGGGUGAAGGAGCCCUCCCCUGCUGCACUAGCUAGCUCCAGCUCCAUCAACAACAGCAGCAGCAGUGACACCGGCAGUAUAAGCGUGAGUAGUAGCAGCAGCACGAUUAGCCUUGGCUCAACAAAGAAGCGCAAGAACAGCUCUUUGCUAAAAUAUGGCGCCGAAUCCUCUUCUUCCUCUUUGAAAAAAAACUGCACGGUGAACUCAGGCACCUCAGGGAGCAGCUUUCACUCCUCGCUAAACUCCAUAUCUUCUGGGACUUUUUCAUCGUCAUCGUCCUCUUCCUCACACAGCGCAGGUAUGAACUGUCCGUCGGGCCGCGGCAACUCUACGAGCGCGCGGCAGGAAGCAGCCGAGCCAAUCAAACGCAUGAGCGUGAUGAUGAACAGCAGUGACUCCACGCUCUCGCUCGGCCCGUUUGUGAACAACCCAGACGGGAGAACCGACACAAAGAGGAGGAAAAGUUCACAAGCCACCAGCAGCCUCACUGGCACAGCUACCUGUACAGCAUCUGCAGGGGGAGGUGGAGGGGCACAGGGGCCUAGCAGCCCCAAAAUGGCCAAGUCUCUAGCCAUCAACAACAUUCACGGCAAACACGCGCGGCCCAUGCCGGGAACGCCGGGGCUUCACAACAACUCACUAAUACAUCAGCCAAAGGCCCGUCCCUGACACAGGUGGGCCGGCUCUGGGGGUGCGAAGCGGUGGAGCGGAGCUCCCUUAGCGCCCGUCACGGCACACUGCACGAGGCCUUCUUCUUCUUCUUCUCCUUCUCUUACUCUCAGCUUCCCACAAUCCUCAGGGUGGAGAGCACACUGGGCUGCUGAGUGAAGGCGCACUGUUUCUCCUGCCCACAAGGGGUCAUCACACAGGUGGAGAACACACCACGAGAGGAGCACAUCAGUGUGUGUGUGUUUGUCUGUGGUGGGUGGUUGAAAUCGCAAACGCCGAGUGACAAGCACAGUAAAGGGCUGGUUACAGGGCCACACUUACACAUCUACAGUCCCGUUUAGUAUAAUAAACAUAUUUAUUAUGUAAAAAGGGGAGAAUAUACAAGAACGCAAUUCAGCACAUUUUUGAGAGAAUUUAAAGGCAAAAAAAAAAUUCAUCACAGUAUCCAAACUGCCUAAAGGUAAAAAGGCUGAGCAUUGAAUCAAGUCUUAAUGCUCCUUUAGAAAGCAUCUUGUUUACAUACAGCAACCGUCGUGUAAAAGCUGCAUUUAAAUCAGCAGCAGAAACAUCCUUAAACUUUAGAGAUCUAGAAUUUAAAGUUGUAGCUAAUUAACUCGGCCCAGUCCGGUUAAAAAAAACGGCUUAUUCACGUUUGCGUACCACAAAAAAUCAUCAAUUACUAACGAGUCAAACUGAAACGUCGUCUUAAGGAAAGCUUCUCAGCUUCUGCUUCUUGUUAAAGGAAAUCUUCAGCUUUUCAUCUCUAUCCACUUGAUCUCUCUGAAAAUAGCUUAAAAAAAACCCCUGACAAACCGGAUUAACCUUUUGUUACAACCUUAAUCUUUUAAAUAAAUGAGUUACCCUUUUAAUAGCAAGAUGUUCGCACAGCUCCGUGCUAACAUCAAUGUUGCAACGGUUAUAACUUCCGUUAUAUAUUAGACCUGAGUGAGCCGGAGUAAACCGGUUCUCUGUUCUGAUUUACAGGAAAACAAAAACAUGUCGAAACAUGUAGUAAAUGUAUCUCGCUAUAAACCACCACGUCAGCCUCUUCCCGUCAACAUCUGAACGAAUUAACACGUCACUUCUACGCGCCUAUUAGUCCGACUGCCGUAUUCCUAAUAAACCGAUGCUGAGAUACAUUUUGCUGUAUAGAGAUCUGGAUGAAAAUCACUGGAGUUUCCCUUUAAUCUUUUAUAACGAAGCUUCCCCCUUCAUAUCCUCUCGAACCCCGACUUUAAACCAAGAACGCUCGCUUUUUAUUCGUACACAGUUUGCUGAUCACCUUUCGUUACCGUCGUACUACAAGCUCCCAAAUCUCCCUUAAUCACUACUGGAGACUUUCAGGCUGUAAGGGACGAGUGCUUAUCUGAUCACACUAAAGGAGACCAUGCAAUUUUUUUAAUAGACCUUUUAUUAAGAUGCUGUGCAGCAGCGAUGCACAUCUACACUAGAAUGUUACGCGUCUGUUAGCGACUUGACAGAAACGUAAGGAAUACGUUCACUCAUGGUUGCAGCUCAGAACGAACGAAAGACUCUGACUUAUAGUAUUUCCUUCACUCUACUGCUCUUCGUGCGUUAAGGGCAGAAUCAGCACGAGCGCUUUCACACUUUGUGGGGGUUUUUUUGUUUGUUUUUUUUCUUCCCUCCAGAAGAAAAAACGAGAGUACCGUUUUGCAGCGUUCACACCGUAACCAUAACAACACACCGGCAAUGCAAUAGACUCGGUGUCAGAAAUCUCUGCACAUUCACUAGCAUUUUAUUUAUUUUCUCCGCAACCGGUAAACAAAAAAAAAUAAUAGUUUUUUUACGAAUACGUUCUCAGCCCAAAUCGACUCUCAGAUCAAUGUGAAAUCAAACAGCAAACAAACUCUCGCCCCGAUUGAGACUAACAGGUGCAUGAAAGCACCUUGACUUGGGGUUUUGUUUGUUCGUUUGUUUAGUUUUUCCCACUGGGGCAUCUUGUACUGUCAUUUAAGGGGGGAUUCGAGUGUGAAAGCAGCCCCGAAAAUUCAUCCUUUUAUACCAGAACAGCGGUUCAGAGGUCAGCGGUAAUACACACGACUACAGACUAUGAGACAAAUUACUGUGAGAAACUCCUAAGGUGACGAUUAGAACUGUAGCCCCACGUUCUCUUGUGUACACACACACACACCACUGAGUGAACUGGAAGGAAAUCAAUUCCUGCUUUAGUGUAUGGAAUAACCACUAUAGUUUGUGUCGAUCAUCAACAUGGACAGGAUUUUCUGUGUCCCCCCCAAACUUAAACACCUGGGACUAGAUCUCUUUAAGCUUCCGAGAGUAUUAAGUAUACAGUCGUGGAGGAGAAGAGAAAAUAAAAUCCCAACUGAUGUCAGUCAGCGACCGCAGCUGAGAGAAGAGAGAGUUUUUUUUUUUCUAUCGACGAAUAUCGAAGUUAAACCUAUUUCAGAAGACGUAUUUUGUUAAGAGAAAGAUAAAAAGAAUAAAAGAGAAACUAAAAACAACAGAAUCGAGAGAAUUGUACAUACGGAGAUGUAUUUUUGCACAGGCGUUUUCUUACACGUUUUUUGGUACAGUCGAGAUCGUCAUUAUUUAUUUAGCGAACGGAUCCGUUUUAAGAUUUAAGAAGUGGUUCACUGCCAAGCCAAUAAUGCAAUAUGCCUCUUUACUCACUGCUUCUUUAUAGCCGUGGACUGAAACCCUUAUGAAGCUGUAGAGAGAGAGAAAGAGACUUUUUUUUUUUCUUGUGCUAAGCGAAAUGAAUUAAGAGGAUAUUAUUAAAAACUACGGCCCAGAUUUCAUCAAUCACAUUUCACCAGUUGUUCGUGUUUAAGGUCGGCGUGGGGCUGCCAGAGAGAGAGAGAAAGAUUUAAUAACGAGAGGAGAAAAGUGAACACUUAAUGCACCACCGUUGCCAAACUUCUUUAUAUUUCCGAACACUGCAGUCGUUCUUUUUUGCAGCUUUUUAAAUAAUAACAAAGCGGAAAAGUGCCUGAAUUCGUUCGUCACCUGUUUUAAGCAGUAACUUCUGUUCCACGUUACACAAGUGUUCCAUCAACGCUUUUGUAGAAACUACUACAACCUCUGUCCAUUAUGUGAUCUUUUCACUGCGCGGUUAAAUUAAUUGACCUCGAGGGAAGACGGGUACAAAUCGCAUCCCGGUUUAGAACACGCCCUCGUUAGCGCUCCCUCGAAGGACGACAGGAAAUAAGUGACAAGAAGAAAAAAAUUGCGAGAUGAUCAAGCAGUGUGUAUUUCUAAUACAUCAAGUAUUUUAUCGUGCUAAUAAGUCGACGUCUCGCUCCUUCGACGGCUUUGUACCUAACGCAGUUACGUCGGCAGACGAAAACACUGUUUUUGAUCGAGGUUCUUUUUUUUUGUUUGUUUUUUUGUCAAAUUUGUUCCAGCUCCACCGGCAAUGUUUUCAUGUGAUGGAAAUGUAUUUUAUAAAAGAAGCACAGAUUUGGAUGUGAAUGUGAAUCACAGCUCAGAAAUAUCGCAGAAAAAUAUCUAUAUUCAAGUGUGUAAAUUUGAGGGUUUUUUCCCUUUUGAUUUCUUUUUUUUAUCUACAUAAUCAAAUCAUUUGAACAGCUGGACUUUUGUGUGUUGGCUGCUAUGUAAUUCAUGAACAAACAUAGUAGGUUAGAUUUACGUAAUAUUUAAAGAAAAAGAUUGUAUAGUCUAUUUGUUUUGUAACAUCUUUUCUGUAAAUAAAAAAAGUAAUUUAUACUGUUAUUUAUAAGAAAAACAA